AUGUCCUCCUUGGCAGGACGGCGGCGGCUGCUGUGGUAUUCUCGAACGGCGGCUGCUGCUGCAGGCUCGGCGGCGGCAGCUGCUGCAGGUCCGGCGGCGGCUGCUGCUGCUGGCUCGGCGACGGCAGCUGCUGCAGGGUCGGCGGCGGCCGCUGCUGUAGGUCCGGCGGCGGCUGCUGCUGUUGGUUCGGCGGCGGCAGCUGCUGCAGGGUCGGCGGCAGCUGCUGCUGCAGGGUCGGCGGCGGCCGCUGCUGUAGGUCUGGCGGCGGCUGCGACUGCAGGCUCUGCCGCGGCUGUUGCUGCAGGCUCGGCGGCGGCCGCUGCUGUAGGUCCGGCGGCGGCUGCUGCUGUAGGCUGGGCCGCGGCAGCUGCUGCAGGUCUGGCGGCGGCUGCUACUGCAGGUCCGACCGCGGCUGCUGCUGCUGGCUCGGCGGUGGCUGCUACUGCAGGUCCGGCCGCGGCUGCUGCUGUAGGCUCUGCGGCGGCAGCUGCUGAAGGUCAGCGGCGGUAG